AUGCCCCGCAACCACGGCGGCGGGGAGGAGGGCGGCUCCGCGGGGCUCUGGGUGAAGAGCGGCGCGGCAGCUGGCAUGAAGGAUGUGGAGUCGGGCCGGGGCAGGGCGCUGACGAGCUCAGCGGCCCGCGGCGACGGCCUGCUGCUCCUGGGCACCGGCGGCGCGGCCGCCCCCGCCGGGCUGCGGGAGGGCCGCCGCGGGAAGCACGGCGCCCGCAUGAGCCUGCUGGGGAAGCCGCUGUCGUACAGCAGCGGACCGAGCUGCCGCAGGAACGCCAAGUACCGCCGCCUGCAGAACUACCUGUACAACGUGCUGGAGCGGCCCCGCGGAUGGGCCUUCGUCUACCACGCCUUCGUUUUUCUCCUUGUGUUUGGUUGCUUGAUUUUGUCCGUGUUUUCUACUAUUCCCGAACAUACAAAACUUGCCUCUGGUUGUCUCUUCAUUUUGGAAUUUGUCAUGAUUGUUGUCUUUGGUUUGGAAUUUAUUAUUCGUAUCUGGUCUGCGGGGUGCUGCUGUCGGUACCGAGGAUGGCAAGGAAGACUGCGCUUUGCGAGGAAACCGUUCUGUGUGAUAGACAUCAUUGUUCUCAUCGCUUCAAUAGCAGUUGUUUCUGCAAAAACUCAAGGUAACAUUUUUGCAACAUCAGCACUGAGAAGUCUUCGUUUUCUACAGAUCCUUCGUAUGGUGCGCAUGGACCGAAGAGGAGGCACUUGGAAAUUGUUAGGUUCUGUAGUUUAUGCACAUAGCAAGGAAUUAAUCACAGCCUGGUACAUAGGAUUUUUAGUACUCAUCUUUUCGUCUUUCCUGGUUUAUUUGGUGGAAAAAGAUGCAAAUACCGAAUUCUCCACAUAUGCAGAUGCUCUCUGGUGGGGCACGAUCACAUUGACAACCAUUGGCUAUGGAGACAAAACUCCUCUGACUUGGCUUGGAAGGUUGCUUUCUGCAGGAUUUGCUCUACUUGGCAUUUCCUUCUUUGCACUACCUGCUGGCAUCCUUGGUUCAGGAUUUGCAUUGAAAGUGCAGGAACAGCAUCGUCAGAAACACUUUGAGAAAAGAAGGAAUCCAGCUGCAAGUCUAAUUCAGUGUGUAUGGCGCAGUUAUGCUGCUGAUGAGAAAUCAGUUUCCAUUGCUACCUGGAAGCCUCAUUUGAAGGCCUUGCAUACCUGCAGCCCUACAAAAAAAGAACAAGGGGAAUCUUCUAGCAGUAAGCUUUGUAGUAAUAAACAGAAGCUCUUCAGGAUGUACACCCCUCGGAAACAUAGUCAAAAGCUAAGUUUCAAGGAGCGGGUCCGGAUGGCCAGCCCACGAGGUCAAAGCAUAAAAAACAGGCAAUCUUCAGUGGGAGAUCGCCGCUCACCAAGUGCUGACAUUGCCACCGAGGGCAGCCCAACCAAAGUGCAGAAGAGCUGGAGCUUCAAUGACCGAACCCGCUUCAGGCCCUCGCUGCGGCUCAAGAGCUCCCAGCCCAAACCCAUGGUUGAUGCUGACACCAGUCUUGGAACAGAUGAUGUUUAUGAUGACAAAGGGUGCCAGUGUGAUGUGUCCGUAGAAGAUCUCACCCCUGCUCUUAAAACUGUCAUCAGAGCUAUCAGAAUUAUGAAGUUUCAUGUUGCAAAGAGAAAGUUUAAGGAAACACUUCGCCCAUAUGAUGUCAAAGAUGUCAUUGAACAGUAUUCAGCAGGUCAUCUAGACAUGUUAUGCAGGAUUAAGAGUCUUCAGUCACGCGUUGACCAAAUUCUUGGGAAAGGACAAAUCACAGCAGAUAAAAGAAGCAGAGAGAAGAAUCCUGCAGAGCAUGACACAACUGAUGAUGUCAGUAUGUUAGGGCGAGUAGUCAAAGUGGAGAAACAGGUACAAUCCAUUGAAUCAAAACUGGACUGUCUAUUAGAUAUUUAUCAACAAGUUUUGCGAAAAGGAUCUGCAUCUGCACUCACCUUGGCUUCAUUUCAAAUGCCAGCUUUUGAGUGUGAGCAGACUUCUGAUUACCAGAGUCCAUCAGACAGCAAAGAUUUGUCUAAUUCUGCACAACUUAGUGGAUGUGUAUCCAGAUCAGCUAGUGCCAAUCUGCCUCGUGGCCUACAGCUUAUACUGACACCAAAUGAAUUUAGCACUCAGGCUUACUAUGCUUUUAGUCCAGCUAUGCAUAGUCAAGCAACACAAGUGCCAAAUGAUGGACCUGCAACAGUAAAUAAUACAUCGAACCAAAUAAACCAGACAACUAAGCCAGCAACUCCGACAACAUUACAAAUACCACCCUUCUCAUCGAUGAAGCAUAUCAAUAGGCCUGAGCCCAUUCAUAUUAUUCCUGUAACCACACAGGAAAAUAUUUCUAAUGUCACCGCUUGCCUUGUUGCAUCAAAGGAUAAUGGACAAGUUGCACAGCCUAGUGCGACAAAGGAUCUCACAUGGAGAAAAAGUCUUACAGAAGGGGAACCUUUGCUCUCAGUUAAACCUGUAGCGCAAAUGGAUUUAGGAAAAUCUUUAUCUGUACAAAACCUUAUACAGUCAACAGAGGAACUGAAUAUACAGAUUGCUGGCAGUGACUCCAGUGGUUCCAGAGGUAGCCAAGAUGUAUACUCUAAAUGGAGGGAGUCAAAAUUAUUUAUAACAGAUGAAGAGUUGGAGACAGAGGCAGGGACAGAGACUACUGAAGCCAUCUCGCGCCCGUUAGUGGAAACAACUCUCUCUGCUGACUCUCUAAGGACUGGAAUAUCAAGAUCAUCUCAAAACAUCUGCAAGCCAGGGGAUGGUACAGAAGCACUCAAUCUGCUCCAUGUCAAACUUAAAUAACUUCUGGCUUUCUUCAUUGGCUGAGUCAUUCCUCUAGUCAUACAUAUCAUAGCAUGAACUGUUUUGAAAGCCUUUUUAAUAAGAUAAAAUCACAAAAAUCAGGAUGAAUCUGCAAAGCAGUUGAAUGAGCCCAUAUUUCCUAGUUGCAUGAAAAAGCAUGUCUAAGCAAUGGCUAACAUCCAAAUUUACACCUACAGUACAGCAGCCUUUCAUGUAGUACAGUAGGUUUAAACAAUGAGUUGCCUACAAAGCUAAUGCUGCAGGAUGUAUCAAAAAACAAAAAACUGAGCAUUUAGACCUUGUGCUGUUUCUAUGGGGCAGAAGUAAAAAAAUCUUAAGGUUUAAAGCACUUUGCUUCUGAACUGAUUAAAUAUAUAUAUAUAUAUAAUGUCCUGAUUUAGAUGAUAGUUUAUGUUUACAACAAAAAGAUUAUCUACAGCUGCUAGCAAGGUACCAAGGAAAUGAGUAACAUGGGGUUAGAAAUGGCUGACAGUCGCAAGAUAGACACAUUAACUCAUCAGUUAUCAGUUAUUUUUAGCUCUGAAGAACAGUAUGUUAAUACCUGUCCAGUGCUGUGGCAGAAGUACCUGACACACCACUGUCACAUUGUUCUUUAUAAGAAGAACUAUUUUGUUACAAAAAGUUUAUAUUUUAAGGAUUAGGUCUGGCCUCAGAAGUGGAUAACGUGAGUGACUGCACUGAAAAUUCAAGGGAAUCUCUCCUUCUUCUAGUCUCAUUGAGAAGCUGACUUGUGAAUCUGAACCAUUUUGGCAGCAGUAGGUGAGGGAAGGAAGCAGGUGCUGCCUUUAUUGUAGGAGCAAUAUUUCCUUCUUGUGAAAAUUUUGGCAAUUUUCCUUGCAAUCCCAACCUGAUACUGCAACAGCACUUUCAUAAGGCUGGACAAGAAGGGAAAAUGAGGAACUGAAAUACAGAGUAAAACUAAAGAGGACAGAAGGGAAAAAGACAACACAAUCAAUGGGAAAAUAAAUAAAUAAUAAUGUUGAUUUAGAUGAGCAGGAAGGGAAAUCAUCCCAGAAAAUAAAACAAGAAAGGUAAAGAAGGAAAAAGUUACAUGUUUGGGUUUUUUCCCACAGAUGCUGAGUGUUAUAAAAAAAAAAAAAAAAAAAAAAAAAAAAAAAGCCACAUAGGCAAGGUCUUGUUGUUUUUUUAAGAAAAGGGGAAGAGGAGAGAGGGAAAAUGGUCCCACUCUUAGCUCAACACUAUGUCCCAACUACAGUAAUUUCUUGUGAACUUUCCAACACAGGACUCACAGACUCCUUCCUGCUAAAACCCAAGUUUUCAAAUUCAAAGCCUAAUCAGACUGAGCAUUCCUGCCUGAUACAUCCUCUUUUCUUUUCUCACUCUAGCCUACACUUCACUUCUGCUGAGGUGCAGGAGCAGUGUUAGUGCCUGCAUGCACAUCCCCAGCAAGGCUUUGCCACUGGGAGAACCCUUUGCAGACCCUAAACCCUUUCACUCUUCCCAGCUGAAUGAGGUUUCUGUGUGUUGCCUCCCGCCAGAUUGUCACCCCACCUGCACCACAGGCUUGUAGACAACCCAGCUUGGGCUCAGCUUCCCUCUAGCAGCAGAAAUAUCGAAUGUACGGGUGUGCCAGUGCCAGCUCACUCAGGGCAGUGUUUUCUCAAGGCCCAGACCCGCUGGGAACUCGCUGUGUACAUCAAAAACAUCACUCCAGUCUUAACUGUGGCUAAAUGCUGUAGAUUGUAUUGUGAAGGAGCUGAUCUGUUUACUAUGAAACCAUUGUAACUUAUGCUUCCAUUUGCUUUACAGAAGUAUUCCUGGAUGUUACAUGAGAACUUUAUUAUUAUGUGAAAGUAUGUGCAAACUGUAGAGUGUAUAUAUUGUGUCAUUAUACGGGGUCCAUGGAUGGUACACUGUGUUCCAUGGCUUAUGCCGGAGCAAACUUCAGUUGUUAAAUCCUGAAAGACACCUUGAAGCACAAUUUCCUCACUGCUGAUUUGCCAUAUAGCUCACCACAUUCAGCCUUUCCUGUUUUCCUUUAUGUGCAAUCUGACCAUACCGAAGCCUGAUUACAACAGCAGUUUUGUGAGGAUAAAUACAUUUUUUCCCACAUCUCAGUUCACUUAACUGUUAACUUAUUUGAAUGUCUGCAGUUUAUCCAGACAGAUAUGUACGUUUAAAGUAUUGAAAAUUUCAAAAUUAUAAUAGUUUUUUAGGCUACUUUUUCCUUUUUCCUGUUUAUGGUGCCUUUCUUGCCUUUCAUGUGAAGCCUCCUGCUGACCUAAGAAGCAUCAAUGUGCUGUCAGGUUCAGUUAAGGAGCAAGCGAUUGGGCACAUGGCAGCUGUGUGUCCACAGUGAAACUCCCUUCCCCUCCUUGAUGAGACCGAAAAUCCAAGGCAUCAUGAAUUGGACACAACUCUUCCACCUCCAUCUGCAGGAGCAGAUGUUGCACCCCAUUGCGGCCGGAAGGCGCCGAUGGGAGAACUGAGCAAUGGCCCUGCCUGUCCCGAUUCUGCACAGAAACAGGGCCUUGGGGUUUGCUGAUAAUUUAUCUCACAGAAACUUGGUAUUUUUGCCUUAAAUGAGAUGCUUGAGUCCUUCUAACUUUAAGUUAAUUUAUUUAAUACAAUUUUGUGCACAAAAGAAUGAGUUCUAUAAAUUAUGUAUGAAAAUAGUAAUGUCUUUACAAAGUACUGAUAAACCCAGAAGAUCGUAUCUUUUCAAAUUAAGGUUUAAAAUUCUAAUUUUUUUUCUUUUAUGCUCACCAUUAUUAUUUUUGUAGAUGCAAGUCUUAUCAUAUAGGGUUUUUUAACAUUAUAUUGAUAGAAAAUAGAAAGAGUAGUGAAUAUAUGAGAUUUUAAAGAGGAAGAAUUGUUUGUUUGGACUUUUAUAAGCUUUAAUCAUAUUUCCUCAUGAGAAGUUUCUAUGCUCUCUCUUUAGAAGACCGUGUCAUGACAGUCAUUCAGUGGUUUCACAAAAGAAGGGCCUGUCUGGCUUCUCUUGUCCUGAGCUCCUUAUUUAAGUCCAGCUCAUAAGAACUAAUAAGAAUUGUUCAUGAGUAAGGACAAAGAAUUUUAUUUUUAAUUUUUUUCCUGAUUAACAAUCCACUUGAGAAUCGUUUGAAGAGAGAAGUUGAAAUUAAGUAAGAGCUUCAGGACUAAAGCCUUAUCUAAAUAACUGUUUUCUGGUCAGCAUGUUCUUCUACCUGAAUGAAGAGAGAGCUGAAAAUAAUGGUUUCAAUGACUAUUAUUUGUUCAAAAAUUUGUAUUUGCUCCUGGCUUAUAUGAUCUAUACUUUUUAUUUAAAAAUUAAUAUGAUGUUUUAGCCUAGGGUUCAAGAUUGCAAAGAUCAUACACUUUUAUUUACAGUGCCCACAGUUGUUCCAUAUGUUUUUGAGACACUCCUACUUAGAGUGACUGCUCUCAUUGUAGUAUGGUGAUGAGUAAUUCACCUGCUUUUCUGUGAUAAGUCAAAUCAUGCUGAAUUGCUGAUGUAUAGUAGAACAUCUGAUGUACAGUAGUAUUUCUGGAUUGGGACCUGCAAUCCUUACUCAAGUAAAAAUUCUAUGGAAUUCAUUCAUUCUAUGAAAUUCAAGAAUUUUUCUUGAAUUGGGAACUCAGAUUCAAAUCCUGAUUUUGUUGGGCAUCUGUUUGAAGUGAAAAUGGUAAUAUUCCAGUUAUUUCCUGAGGAAACUAAUACUUAGCUGACUUUACCCUUGUCACAUUGACUAUAUAAAAAAAUAACGCACAAAGUACCGAUAUAAAAAGGGAAGGAGAGAAGCGACAUUUUUUAAAAGCACAGAGAAAAUCAGAAUAUGCAGAAAGUAGGAAUAAGCAGGAAAAGAAAAUAUAACAGCAAAGGAAUGGAGGGAAAAAGGGUUUAAACACCCGAGGCUAAAUUCAUCCUUGGAUGGCUUCACUGACUUCAAUGAAUUCACUGCCCAACCGGGUGAAGCUCAGCCUCCAUUGGGAUAAUCACACUCAGUUCCAUUGACCUUACAGGAACUGAACAACCUGUACCAGAAAGGAACUUGCCUCUCUGGGCCAACUUUUAUCCUGACUUAUUUGUCAUGCAAUCCUUUUGGAUUCACUGGGUUUGAAUGAAAUAUGGAAAAGAAUUUGUCCCAGGUAUUUCUGCUUCACAUUUUUUUUCAAGUGUGUUAAUUGACUUUAUUCAAAUGGAUUACAACAUCACACAAUGUGCUGUCACUGUCUAAAAAGAUUAAUUUGUUUUUGAAAUAAGAUUUGUCCCCUGCAACGUCAGUGGAAGCAUGUAAUAUUUAAUAUUUUCCUAUCCAUUCAUCUGGAUGCAAAUGUGGCCAUUCGCUCAGCUGUGGCCACACAGAACAAUUCGACAUAUCCAAUGUCAUCUGCUAUUGGAAGCAUUUUUGACUUCUUUGAAAGACAAAAAAAAAGUUUCGUAGCAGGCUUAGAAAGCACGAUGGCUGCUUCCACUGACACUGCAACAUUAGCCAGUACAUUACAAUGUUAAUUGUAAAUUCUUAGCAAAGUUGAAUCCAUAUUGUUGUUAAUAAAAAUGACUUGAAAAGUACCGUGA